ACGCUGUUGCCCUUCUUGUCAAAGAUAUCGAACCAAAGGAACGCCAUGGCGAUCUUGCGUCGUUGGCUAGUUGCGAUUCUUGCAACAUCGCUCGUUCUAGCCAGACCCCAGGCUCGAUGCGACUCAUAUCAAACGUGCCAUGAGCUUGCAUAUGCCGAAGUCGCGAACAUGACCUUGACUGAGCUCGUGGGGCAAAUGACCCAAGUCGACAUUUCGACAAUCCUCAACAGCGACAGGACGCUCAACGUUACCAAGGUCGAGGCCAUGGCCAAACUCCACAUCGGGUCGUACUUAAAUUCGCCGUUCGCCGGUGGCCCCGUCGGAUCCAAGGCCGGGUGGACGGCGACAGAGUGGCGCACGCUCCUCACGUCCAUCCAGUCGAUCCAUGCCAAGCACAGCAAACACCCGAUCCUGUACGGACUGGACUCGGUCCACGGGGCCAAUUACGUGACCCACGCAGUCAUGUUUCCGCAGCAGAUCAACGCGGCCGCAUCCUUCAAUCGCGACCUGGUGACCGAGAUGGGCCAUGUGACCGGUCGCGACACGGAGGCGGCGGGAAUACCGUGGAUCUUUGGGCCGAUUCUUGACGUCCAGACGUCCAAGAUGUGGGCUCGCGCGUACGAGACGUUCGGCGAAGACCCGUACGUGGUGACAGAGCUCGGACGUGCCAUCGUCCACGGCCUCCAAGACAACAACACUGUCGCGGCAUGCUUCAAACACUUUAUCGGGUACGCGGCGACCCCCACGGGCCACGACCGAGACCCCGUCACGCUCUCCGACUACGACGUGCUCAACUACUACAUGCCGCCGUUCCAGGCGGCCAUCGACGCCGGCGCGCUCACGGGCAUGAUGAACUACGUGUCCGUGAACGGCAAGCCCAUGGGCGUCAACCACAAGUUGCUCGUCAAGCUGCUUCGCCACGACUUGGCCUUCAAGGGCAUGCUAGUGACGGACUGGGCUGUCAUCAAUGACCUCCAUUCGUUCCACCAUGUCGCGGCCACCGACCAGGACGCGGUGCGCCAAGCACUCACGCACACAUCCAUCGACAUGAGCAUGGUCGCGUCCGAUACGCUCUUCAUCAACCACACUCUCGCGUUGCUGGAGACCAAGCAGCUCCACGUCGGUCGGCUGCGGGAAUCUGUCCAGCGAAUCACGGCGCUCAAGCUGCGGCUUCAUCUGUACGACGCGCCCGUGCCGGGCCAAGCGAACGUGGCGUCGGUAGGCGACCGAGCGAGUCAGGACCUCGCGUACAAGCUCGCAACCGAGUCGCUCGUGCUCCUCAAGAAUGCCAACUCGACGCUGCCGAUUGCGAAUUGGACCACGAGCAUCUUCCUCACGGGCCCGUCGAUCGCCAGCAUUGGUCACCUCUGCGGGGGCUGGAGCCUCGCGUGGCAGGGCGUGUCGGGGCCGAACACGAACGCUUUGUUUCCCCACGGACAGACUGUGCAAGACGCACUGCGAGUCACGUGUCCGACCUGCGCCAUCGAAGCCAUGCCUGGUGUUGACGUCGACGGCACGUACUCGAAGGACGUGCUCGAAGAUGCCGUCAAGAAGGCGGCGCGAGCCGACUACACCAUCGUCGUGUUGGGCGAAGGGCCGUACGCCGAGAAGCCUGGCGACAUCAACGACCUGGAGCUACCUCGAGGCCAACAAGAGUACGUGCGUGCACUGGCAGCGACAGGAACCAAGGUCGUGUUGGUGCUUGUGCAAGGCCGUCCUCGGUUGCUGCGAGGUCUUCCCGACGUCGUCCACGCCGUGGUGAAUGCGAUGCUGCCAUGUGAGCUGGGAGGUCGCACCAUUGCCGACGUCCUCUUGGGCAAGGUGGUCCCGAGUGGGAAGCUGCCGUUUACGUAUCCCAAGACUGUCACGGACAGCGCCGUGCCGUACUACCACCGCCAGAACCUCGGGUGUGUUGUACAUGGCACGUCUGGCGAAUGCGACCACGAGUGGCCGUUCGGAGCUGGCCUGAGCUACACCUCGUUCGAGUACUCGAACUUUUCGCUGUCCACCAAGUCCAGCUUGAACGAUCUCCACUUUCACGUGACGCUUCGCAACAAUGGGGAAGUGGACGCGAAAGAAAUUGUGUUGCUGUUUGUGCGGCAACCCAUUCGCCGAGGUGACGUACCUGAAGCAAAACGCCUCGUCCACUUUGUCAAGGUAGACGUUCCGAAGUAUACGACAAGGAACGUGCUACUCCAAGUGCCUGUCGACGCGUUGUGCACAUUUGGCCAUCGCAUCGGCCACGGGCUGAAGCGCAAGAUUGUGCCAGGGCAAUACGAUUUUUCACUCAACCAGGGCGAAGGUGGUGCCAUCUCCUUGACGCUGCACGCGACGAAGGAAGCUGUGUAUGCAUUUUCAAUGGCUCCAGUGUCUGAGGGAACGACUGACGAAGUUCUGUCCAAGCGUGAUAUGGCCGAGCACGCCCCCUUGGACGUCGCCAGAGCGAGCGAUGUGGCGGCCGCCAUUUAACACACCUCCGGUGUGUGGGUGCACAAUUCAAAUCUGUUUGGAUUGGCUAAAAAUUCGAGUUGAUGUAUGUUGAUUGGAU